CAGAGGGAGUACAAAUUCACAGACUUGAAGAGGAGAUGUGCAGGCUGAUGAAGAGGAUCCUGGGCUACCUCAUACCAACCAGGGCAAUCGUGGGUGUACCUCUCAGGGAGGUGGAGUAUGGAGAUGGACAUCAGUUGGCUGAUGAAGAUCUCUUUAUCGUAGCAGACACAAAGGCAUUCAUGAGAAGCGCUGAGCUCCCUGUGUCCGCCGAGAAGAAAAUCUUUCAAACUGUGAGAAGCUUCUAUGAGGCAGUGCAUAAGAAGAUGUUCUCCUCCUUUCCCCUCGACCAUCCACUCCUGAGGGACCUGAAAGUGCUGGACCCUGCAGCUCGUCUUAACAUAACUCCAGGGACAGUGGAAAGGCUAGGGGCCCUGAGGCUGAAAGAGGAUAAGAUGAGAGAGGAAUUCAAAGAUUAUCAGGUGACAGAUAGUAAGCAACUCCCCCAAGAAGACAGAAUCGACAGAUUCUGGGGCCUGGUAGGAAAGGACGUGAGACUGGUGCUCCAACAACAUACUGUGCGCAUGUGGUUCGAUGUUGAGACUGAGCUGAGGCAGGACUUCCGACUCACCAGAACAGCGAUGCACAGCUUACAGAGGCUUUUGCAAAGGGAGCAGGACCAUGGCUGGGAUGAAGACAUUUUAAUGGAUGACCCCCAACCUCCCCGUGAACACAUGGCAUACAAUGAAACCUCUGGGAAUGACACCAGAAACAGACUGGCUGCCCUAGUUUCAGACAAUGUGCAAGCCCCAUAA